AACCAAAAAAGGUGCAUGUAAAAAAGGGUUAAAAGCAAAAUUUGCAAAAAAAACUUCGUCUGCUGUGCUGUUACUAAAACUUUAACCAAGAAAAUAAUAAUAAUAAAAUAAAAGAAUUGGAAAAUUUUUAAUUUUGUUGCAUUUGCAAAAGGACAUCAAUUUAAUUCGAGUUGUGUGAUUCACAAAGAACUGUGCAUUUGUUGAAACCGUCUGAGGUGGUUGUGAACCAGAGUAUAAACGUGUUGAAGUUACUGGUGGAAAAAUGGUUAAAAAUAAAAAGGGCAAGAAAGAGAUAGUUUCAGCCGGAGCUGAAGUAUCAUCUGGAGAAGAAAUCGAAACGGAAACUCAACAAACGGUCAUUGACUCCGACGGACAGGAGGAGAAAAAUGUUAAUGUUAAAAACAAAAAGAAUAAACAAAAGAAAGGGAAAAAGAAUAAGAAUGUUUCUGACGAUGAAGAGGACAACGAUGAUGUCGAAAAUGUAACUGCAGGAGUGGAGAAACUCAAGAUUAAGUCAAAAGCUAAAAAGUCUGCAUUUGAACUAUUGAUGGACGAUGACGAUGAUGAUGACAAUGUCCAAGAAGUUGCCAAAUCUGAGAGUGAGGAAGAGAUCAAUGAACCUGUGAAACCAGCGAAGGGAAAUGAUAAGAAUGCUGGUAAAAAAGGCAAGAAAGCUAAACGUAAAGGCAAAGGUGAUGACGAUGAUGAAGACUUAGAUAAGGUUUUAGCAGAACUUCAAGCUGAAUAUGCUGGUAAGGCACCUCCUGUCGCCACAGUUGUAUCACCGGAAGAUUUGGCCGACGAAGAAUUCGCAAAGGGAAAGAAGAAAAACAAGAAAUCUAAAGCUCAGAAUGACGAAGCUGAAAUGGCUGCGAAUGAAGAUGCUGACGAUGUUGAUGCAGAUGAAGGGGGUACGGUAAAAACUGCUGCACAAAAGAAAAAAGAAAAGAAAGAGCGUCAAAAACGUGAAGCAGCUCUAGCCAAACAAAAGGCUGCUCAAGAGCCUCAAAAGAAGCAAAAAGUGCCCGAACCUGUUGAAAAUCCAGAAGAAAGCGUGCCCGAGAAAGUAGAAGAAACUAAAGAAGUCUCUGCCGAACCUGAAGCUGCCGGCGAUGAGGGUGAAGGGGAAAAGGCAACAGGUAAAAACAAAAAGAAGGGUAAAAAGGACAAAAAGGCCGAAGCCGAGGAGGAAAGCAAAAAGGAUUCCAAAAAGAAAGGCAUGUCCGCAGCUAUGGUGGCAGCUAUGCAAGAGCGACUUAAAAAAAUUAAAGAAGAAGAGGAACGACAACGUCAGCUUGAAGAGGAACGUAUACGUCAGGAAGAAGAACGUGAACGUUUGCGUCUAGAGGCAAUUCGUUUGGAAGCCGAGCGUAAGGAAAAGAAAAAACAAAAGGAAGCUGAACGCAAAGCUCGUCUUAAGGCAGAAGGAAAACUGUUAACCAAAAAACAAAAAGAAGAUCGUGCUAGGGCACAGGCUAUGCUGGAAGCCCUCAAAGCUCAAGGUCUUGAAAUACCCGAUCCUACAGAAAAACGUCCCACAAGGCCAGGCACCCGUAUUCGUCCCAAAAAGAAGGGUCCUCAAGCCAACCAACAGACUGAAGCUGAGGCUAAAGCUGCUGAAGAAGCGGCCAAGGCUGCCGAGGAAGCUGCUAAAGCUGCCGAAGAAGCUGAGAAAAAAGAAGUUGUUAAAGAAUCUUGGGAUGCAUCUGAUUCUGAGGAAGAAGGAAACGAUGACACCUCACAAGCUACGACAACAAACAAUGAUGAGAAAUCAUCCAACGAAAACCCACUUCCUGCUGAAGAAGAUGAUGAUUCCGAAGAGAAUGAUAGUGAUUCAGAUGAUGAUAGUGAUAGCGAUUCUGAUUCAGAGUCUGAAUCAGAAGACGAAAAGGAAGAAGCCAUUAAUGUUAACGAUCCUGAAGAACGUCGUCUUCGUGCAGAACGUCGUAUUAUAAAACGAAAAGCUGAUGCAGAAAAAACGCGUACAACUGAUAAUCUUCGCGCUGCUGUAGUUUGCGUACUAGGUCAUGUAGAUACCGGUAAAACUAAAAUUCUCGAUAAAUUGAGGCGAACUCAUGUGCAGGAUUCCGAAGCUGGUGGUAUUACUCAACAAAUUGGUGCGACAAACGUUCCAAUCGAUGCCAUCAAAGAACAAUCGAAAAUCGUACGCAACUCAAGUGAAUUUGAAUUCAAAUUACCAGGUUUACUUAUUAUUGAUACACCCGGUCACGAGUCCUUUAGUAACCUUCGUAACCGUGGUUCUUCGCUCUGUGAUAUUGCCAUUUUGGUCGUAGAUAUAAUGCAUGGUCUGGAACCUCAAACUAUUGAGUCAAUCAAUCUGCUCAAACAAAAGAAAUGUCCCUUUAUUGUAGCCCUCAAUAAAAUCGAUCGUUUGUAUGAUUGGAAACUGAUGGCUCGUCGUGAUAUUCGCGAUGUUCUCAAGGAGCAGGAGGCAAACACACAAGUUGAGUUCAAACAGCGAACUCAAGAGGUCAUUUUACAAUUUGCCGAACAAGGUCUCAACGCAGCCCUUUUCUAUGAAAACCCUGACCCCAAGACCUACAUCUCCCUCGUACCCACCAGUGCUAUUACGGGAGAAGGCAUGGGAAAUCUUUUAUUCCUUAUAAUCGAAUUCUGUCAAAAAAUGUUGUCCAAACGUCUCAUGUAUUCCGAUGAACUGCAGGCUACUGUAUUGGAGGUUAAAGCAAUUCCCGGUCUAGGCACAACUAUUGAUGCCAUCCUCAUCAAUGGCAAACUGCGUGAAGGUGAAACAAUGGUUUUGGCUGGUACCGAUGGACCCAUUGUAACACAAAUCCGUUCCCUUUUAAUGCCACAACCUAUGAAGGAACUGCGUGUCAAGAACGCCUAUGUUGAACACAAAGAAGUCGUCGCUGCACAAGGUGUUAAAAUAGCCGCUAAGGAUUUGGAAAAAUCCAUUGCUGGUAUCAAUCUCUUAAUUGCUCAUAAACCAGAUGAAGUUGAAAUAUGCAAGGAAGAAGUAGCACGUGAAUUAAAGAGUGCUUUAAGUCACAUAAAAUUAGCUUCGACUGGUGUUUAUGUUCAAGCGUCAACAUUGGGUUCAUUGGAAGCCCUUUUGGAAUUCUUGCGCACAUCUAAAAUUCCGUACUCAGCCAUUCGUAUUGGUCCAGUUGUGAAGCGUGAUGUCAUGAAGGCAUCAACAAUGUUGGAACAUGAACCUCAAUAUGCAACUAUUUUGGCGUUUGAUGUUAAAGUCGAAAAAGAAGCACAAGAUAUGGCUGAUUCCUUAGGCGUUAAGAUAUUCCAGGCCGAUAUUAUUUAUCAUUUAUUCGAUAAAUUUAUGGCUUAUCGUGAAGAAUUAAAACAAAAGAAACGUGAAGAGUUCCGUUCCAUAGCAGUCUUCCCAUGCAAACUUAAGAUACUGCCACAAUUUAUAUUCAACAGUCGUGAUCCCAUUGUUAUGGGCGUAAUGGUAGAAAAUGGCAUUGUUAAAGUAGGAACACCGAUUUGUGUGCCCAGCAAGGAGUUUGUGGACAUUGGUAUCGUUACUUCAAUUGAAUCAAAUCAUAAACAAAUUGAAAGUGCUCGCAAGGGUCAAGAGAUUUGUAUAAAGAUUGAACCCAUACCUGGCGAAUCACCAAAAAUGUUUGGCAGACAUUUCGAUGCUGACGAUAUGCUUAUGAGCAAGAUUUCUCGCCAGAGUAUUGAUGCUUGCAAAGACUAUUUCCGUGAUGAUUUAAUCAAGGCUGAUUGGGCUCUAAUGGUUGAAUUAAAGAAACUCUUUCAAAUUUUGUAAUUUAAUUAUAAAUAUCCAGAGACUCUUUAAACAUUUUUUGCGGCUAAAUAAUAAUGCAACAUUAAUUAUUAAUUUACAUUUGCCUCUGCCCAACUAAAACAAAAAAAAAAAA